CUGCCCCGUCCCCCCGUCCCGUCCCAUCCCCGCCGCCAUGUCGGAGGAGAAGCCCAAGGAAGGCGUGAAAACGGAGAAUGAUCACAUCAACCUGAAAGUGGCGGGGCAGGACGGCUCCGUGGUGCAGUUCAAAAUCAAGCGGCACACCCCGCUGAGCAAGCUGAUGAAGGCCUACUGCGAGCGGCAGGGCUUGUCGAUGAGGCAGAUUAGGUUCAGAUUUGAUGGACAACCGAUUAGUGAAACAGACACACCUGCACAGCUGGAGAUGGAAGAUGAAGACACUAUCGACGUGUUCCAACAGCAGACAGGUGGAGUGUGUUAAGACGUGCCGUCCUUUUGAGGAGUUUAAGGAUCCUCAUCACACCUCACUCUCUCAUCUGUCCUUGGAUUUGCUAUUAAAUAGUAAACAAAUGAACAUGCCAAUCACAUGGGAUUCUUCUAAACUUUAGAGGACAUUUACCAAAAUUGCUUGUUGUCUUUGACGUACUGCGUGUGCAAGUCAAAACAGUAUCUGCAGGGAUUAAUCUAUAUCUUAAAUUGGGCCAAUUUGAUUUAAAUUCACAUUAAGUAAUAUGCAUUGUCUCUCUGCUGUUAUUUUUUCUUUUUUUUUCUUUAAACCUGUGGCCUAAAUAUCCAUGUGUUAGGACAUGGAAUGUUCAUUCCUGGCUCUUGUUGGUCUUGCCCCUCUGUUUAAUUCUGAUCAUGUAAAUAAUUCAGUAUAUUUUCAUGCCAGUUGUGAACGUAAAAGUUUCCUUUUAAGAUAUGCCUAAGAGAAGGAAAAGUGAUGCUGAUUCCAAGUUUUUGGUGUGUGUUGGAAACACAGUUACUUCAGAAGCGUUAAGCCUGUGACACAAGGCUGGUACGUGCAGAUACAAUGCUUAGUAUAGAGUUGGAGUUUAAAAUAUUGCAGAUUUACAUGUGCUUUGUCAUAUUAUGAUAAAGUCGUCUGAAAUAUACUUUUUUAAUGCAGAAAUUAGAUUGGUCCUGAAUUAUUGUCAGAACUGGAGUUAGCAGAGCAGCUGGUCCAAAAAAACUAAUGCUCAUGAUGGAGCGGUGGUAUUUUUUUGUUUUGCAGGCUUAGAGAAACCUGUCACUGCAGCUUCAGCCAUCUGCUGAGUGCCAGGCAGAACCUGUCACCUUUCUCCCACUCCCUUCAGUAUGCCUCUUAUUUCUCAGUGGGUACUAAAAGUGUGUGGCCUCAGGUUUCUUUUUAAUACUUGCUUUUCGUAGAUAAACUUCAUAAAUGAGGGGAAAAAAAGCGCCUUUUAACAUCACCAAGCUGUACGUGCAGAAGAGCUGUCAAAAACCUGGUGAGCAAGGAAAUGGGUGUGCGUGUACAUGUGUUGAAAAAAUUAUGUGCUCUACUGCCUCACAAAACUUAAUGAAUUGUAAAUGCAUUUGAGUGAUGGGUUUGAGCUCCACACAAAAUGUGGAGUCUGUUCCGGAUGGAUUUUUACAACGGCCAUCCUGUUGUCCGCUGCUGCUCCAUGGGAUCGUUCUUUUGCCUUUUAUAUUUACCUGACCCAUUUGGCCACAUUAGAUCAUCUCCUGCUUGCUGGAAAUCUUGCUGGAAAGGCCCUUGUUUUUGUUUUCUUUUUCAUUUUCUUGUAUAUGGGCUGGGGUGUGACAUCCCAUAGAAUUCACUGAUUUGUACAUUUAUUUGUUGUCCUUUACUAUUGUAUACAGUAAAUAUAGUUUGGUACUCUG